GCGACAGAGUCGACAGUCACACGGUAGACCUUCAAGGAAUCAGAUGUUUAUUUCUGAUGUUGUCCACAUCACAAAAAAACACAUUGCAUUCCACACCACAUUGCCGGUUUAUUAAAUAAAAAAAAAAAAUAAUUUUUUUUUUUUAUUAAUUAAAAUUAUUGAGAAAUUGACAAAAAAAAAUUAUUAUUUUCAAAAUUAAAGUGAUUCAAUUUUAUUGGAACAAUAUCGUUUCUUUAGUUUUCUUCUUUUUUCCUUUUUGGUCACCAAACAUCUCGGUGACAAUGCUGAAAAGAAUCACGUGCAAAAUUAUGUGAGACAGACAGCGGGAUGCUGUUUAAAGGGAACAUAUUCCUACCGCCAGUACGUGCGAGAAGAUUGCUGGAAAAAUAAAGUCUGGUGUGCCUUUUAUAUAGAAUUCCUCUGGGGUGAUAUCGAAAAUCCGACAUAACAAAAUCUCGGAUAUUGGAUAUAAAACGCGACCAUGAGAACAUUUCCAGAUAUUCCGAGAACCACAACAACUGGAACAAUCUGUUUAACAACCAUCCUUCUGCUUCUCACAAAAACAGAGGCCCUAGAAGAAAAUUGUACAGACUUUCAAGGAGGAACGGUGAAACAUGGAUUAUUGUACGUCCCAGGACCUGCAGUUUGCAGUCUGUGUGUCUGUUACCACUCAGAACCCAUGUGGUGUCAAGCUAUUUAUUGCACGCCACCUUAUAGAUGUAAGAGGUUUCGAGUUGGGGAGAGAUGCUGUGAAUUUGAGUGCCUUGAUGGAGUAGAUGGAAUAGAUUGGACUGGUCCAGAUUUGAUCAUUGCUGCUGGAUCAUCUAGACUUCAAGAUCGAGGACUUUUGGGACUUUUUCUCAUCAUCUCUGUUUUAAUGGCGCUUUAAUAAAAAUAAUUUGCGUAAUAUGCCAAAAGUUAAGAGUAUAUAUUACAUUAUAUAUAUAUAUACCUCAAUCUCAAAUAGCACAAAAAAAGCUCAUAUUGGAGCAAUAAUUUUUUUUUCUCAUUUUAGAAAUAUCGUUUAACAAUUUUUUUUACAGUUACAUAUAUUUAUAAAUUACAAAUUGAGUAAUUUAAAUUUCAUUUUUUUCUACAAAAAUAAUUUUUCAACAACUUUUUUUAUUUUUAAAUUUGAUAUUGUUUGAUAUAAAAACACAAUAAUUCAAAUUUUUUAUUUUGUGUUUAUAAAAUUCAUAAUUUUCAAUUUCUUUUUUCAUUUCUUUUGAAUUUUUAAAAUAUUAUUUCGAAAAAACUUUUUUUGGAAAUUUUUUUUUUAAUUUUUGUAUUUUAUACUUUUAUAUUAAAUGGUGAUAUUAAUUUAUUUAUAUAUUUUUGUAGUUUUAAUUUAUUUUCUAGUUUAAUAUUUUAAAUUACAAUUUGUAAUUUUGUUAAACAAAAUUUAUUAAUAUAAAUUUUUUGUUACAAUAAACUAAAAUUUAUUUUAAAUAAAUAAAUAAUAAUUUUUUUUCUUGAUUUUUUUUUUUUGCAAUUUUACUCAAUUUUAAUUUUAUUAAUUUUUAAUUGAUUGAGAUCAUCAAUAGUAAAUCAUCAAAAGAAAAUUAAAACAUCCAAGAAACUUAUUCUUCUUUUUUGAAUUAAAUAUUUUAAAAAAAUUUUCAAACGAAAAAUUAUUUACGAAUUUAAUAAUCGAGAAACUAAUUUUUUGCCUGACUCCUUGAAUUUUUACUAUAUAGUUUUAUUUUAAUUAAAAUUUUUAUAAAAUUUAUAAAUUUUAAAAAAUUUUUCAAAAACUUUUGAAAAAUCAAGGUACAUUUAUAUUUUUUAAAAUAUUUAUUUAUUAUAUUUUAUUAUUACUAUUAUUUUAUUUAUUUAUCUUUUUUUUUUUUUUUUUUUGAAAGAAUAUUGUUAUCAAUUGUAGAUAUUGUGAAAAAUAUUCAUGAUCUCUGUAUAAUCUUUCAACUUACUCGUAAAAUAUACUUCUAUCCUAAAAAAUUAGCUUUUUACAAAAUAAAGCUUUUACCGUAUUUUUGAACAUUUAAUAUAAUUAUUCACUCUGGUAUACAAUUUAUCUAGGCGUAUUUAAUUUAAUAGAAACAAAUUCAAGUUACCCAACUCUGAUUUUGUAAACAUUAAGACGAAAAAAUGUUCAUACAACAUACGCUUAAAUGCAAAAAUGUCCAUGAGAAAAAGGAUGUACUCUUAAUUUUAGAAAAAAAAAAGAUUAGUGAAAUUUAUUAUAUAAGCAAAUCUAGUUUAACAACAGAGAAUAAUUAACUUUUAGAUAGAAAUUUUGAUGAAAGCUAUAAAAAAUCAGAAAAUGAUAAAUUAUUUUUAUUAUUUUUUUUUUUAUUUAAAUUAAAAAUUAUAAUUUUUUUUUAAGGUAAAAUAACUAAUUUAAUAUAUUUUUAAAAAAAUUAUUUAUUAAUAAAUUAUUUAAAAUCGAGUAAAUUAAAAUUUAAAAUAAAAAUAAUAUUAAAAAAUUAAAAAAAAAAAUUUUUUAAAUUAAAAAAUUUCAUUAAAAUAAAAAAAAAAUGCUAUUGAAAUAUUUUUAACAAUUAUUAAUUACAAGUAAAAACACGACUAAAGGACAAUAAAACAUUAUUAUUAUGAUAAUGCGAAUUUCAUUUAAAUAAUUUUUUUUUUAAAAACAUUUAAUCAAUUGAUUAUUGAAAAAUAAAAAUAUAUUAUAAACUUCUGCAUAUUAAUUAAAUUAAAUUAAAUAUAUAAUCAAAGGUGAAAAAAAUUAAUUAACAAUUAAAAAUAAAAAUCGAAAAAAAUAAAAUUUUUAAACAAUUUUAGAUUCAAUUUUUGCCUUAAAUUUAUAAUAUUACUUAUCGUUGUAUUUUUGUCGAGUUUUUACUUGUCAAACUAUUAUUUUAUAAAGUUAUUAUUUAAUAACGUUAUAAUAUUUUAUAAAUAUCGAUGUAAUAUAUUUUUAAAUAUUUUAAUAUAUAUUAGACACACAUGAUAUUUAAAUUUUUAUUCUAAAAUUUAAUUUAAAAGAAAAAAAAAUUACACGGCCUUGUUAUUAAAAUUUAGAAAUUAAAAAGUUUAUAUUUUGAAAAUUUACAUUGUAAAAAAAAUUUCGAAAAAAAAUCUAGUUAAUGAAAUCAAUAUCCAAUUUAAUUUCUCCAAAGAAAAAUUUUGUUUGGAAAAAAAAAUGUUUUUAAAAUAUGUGAUUGCGAAAAAAAUAGAUGAGCUGAAAAUUUAGAAGAAAAGCAUUGAAAUUUUUUUGCUAUAUUUAAAUUCUCAUUCAAUGGGACCCAUUUUUAGUGCUUAAAAGUGAUGGUGUGAUAAAAAAAAAAAAAAUACUGAUAUAGGUGCUGCGAAAGCUAAACAUAUAUUAAAUUAAUUAAGUAACAAAAAAGCAUUGUAAUAAAAUAUAAUUGGCUCGUCAUGAUAAUGUAAAAUAUAAAAUUAAUAUAUAUAACGAUGCAAAUAUAUUUAUCUUUGUCGAGAAUAUAAUAAUAAUUAUUAUUAUUAUAAUAAUAUAUCUUUCAAUUGUUUCAAUUUUAUUCAAAGUAUAUUAUAUAUAAUAUAAAUCGCAAAUAUAAACUUGAUAUUUUCCAUAAAUUAUAUUACAGAGUUAGAAAUUAUGAGAACCAAAUAUUGUUAUAUAGAAAUAUAGAAUUAAUAAUUCCAUAUCAUAUGUAAAUUAGUGCCGAACAUAAAUUUUUUUUAUUGUAAAUUUUUCUUUCUUACAAAAUAUUUUCUAAUAAUAAUAAUAAUAAUAAUAAUAAUAAUAAUAAUAAUAAUAAUAAUAAUAAUAAUAUUAAUUUUUUUUUUCUUUAAAAACAGAUUUUAUUAAAACUGCGUGUGAUACAUUAUUAUCGACAUAUUAAAAACGUUACUUUAAAAAUUUUGUAUUCAAUGUUUUCUAUAUUUUACGAAAUAAUAAAAAAAAAGUGUGUGAAAUUUUUAUUAUUUUUUUUUUUGUUUGAAAUAAAAUACUUUUUUUUAUUUAGGAGAAUAGAAAAACUGAUUUAUUGGAGUUUUUUAACUGUCUUCUAAAUUAUUCAAAAUAAAUUUUAAAAAAAGGGUAAAUAAAUUCAAAGAAUAGAAAAUAUAUUAAAUGUAUCACAUGCUUUUAAAAGUAAUAUUACUUUUUUCUCAAUCUCAAAAAAGGGUUUAAAAUUUUAAUUAAUUUUUUUUUUUUUGAAAUUAAAACAAAAAAUAAAUCUAAUUGUAUGUGAAACUUUGCUAACUUUUUCGAAGAUCUUGAGCAUCGAUUUAAAUUGCAAAGAAAGUGGUUUGUAAUAUUAUAUAUAUAUAUAAAUACAUAUGUAUAUUGAUAAUUGCAGCGCUAUAUAUAAUAUAUAUAUAUUUUAUAAUCGCAAAAAAUCGUAAUCGACCAAAUUAAUUGAGUUUCACUCGCCAAAAAAAAAGAAUAUUAUAUAUAUAUAUAAAUAUAUUUAUGAAUAGUAUAAAUAAUUUUGUGUUAUUAAAUUUGUAAUAUAUUUCUGUGUUCUUCAACGUUAACACAUAUAUAUCAUGAAAAUUAGAUAAAAAAAAAAUCAUUAUUAUCAUCGAGGGGCCUUUUAUGCAUUAAAAAAAAGAAAGAUCAUUCAGUUGAUUGUACAUUAAAAAAAAAAAAAUCUGUGUACAGAAACAUUUAAAGAAAAAAUAUAUAUGUUAUGAUUGA